AUGGCCGACAACCACUUGACCCUGUUCUGUCUUGUUGAUGGAGAGGAUACCUCCAAUGCCUACCUAAAGAGACGGCCCACGGCAUCGUCCAGCGACCUCCGCCAGUCCUUCCACCUGUCCCUGGCUCCAGCCCCUACUCUCCCUAGCCAACUCUCGGAUCAAUCUCGCCCCAGCACCCCUCUCUCUGGGAUGCUCUGCCUUCAAUGGGGAUUAUAUCUCAAUGCGGCAAAGAAUGAGCUUGGAUUGAACGAUCUCAGUCGACUUCCCGAUUCCAUUGGCACCGAAGCAAUGGAGGAACAAGGUCCUGGUCAUAACACCGCCUUCGCAUGCAACAAGACCCUUUUGCUUUUCCUCUCCCGACUCUUGGUCCUCAAAUACUGUUUGCGGAUCUCCGAUUGCCGCCAGACGUUUUCCAGCGCAAGUUGGGCCUUACUCCAGGUCUGUCUUCACAUGUUCCAAGACGUAUUCUCAGAACUGCUCUCGAUACUCUAUAACAAGCUGGAAGGACUUACGAUAUUCGAGUCAGCAUUGAGACCUAUUGUCCGACACGAACUUCUUUCAGUGCGAAAGAGUCUUGCUGCUCAUGCCUAUCCCAAUUUCUCAAGCGAGUCCAAGCUAAGGCUGGUCGUGGACAAAGCCCAGGAUCUGAGCGACAAGGGCAACUCGCCGGCAGAUUCAGACCUAUCGUCACGGCUAUUCGAAGGAAUUCUCGAGAUCGUGAAGUGGAAUGCUGCCAUCGACAAGACCGAGACCAUGAUUACAUCUUGGAAGGAUCGAGAGCGCCGAGGAAACUUGUGCGGAGAAUUCAACCGGUAA